ACCAGUUUACCAACAAUUGUGAAAUCAACAUGUCUGGCAUGUAUCUUUUGGCGAGCAUCCUGUGCCUGGCUGUUGCCGGUAGCCUGGCGGAUGUCAUUCUGGAGGGCAAUUACAAUGUGACUGCCUUGUGUACCAGUGUCAAAUAUGGAGUUCAACUUGGCAGCCUCGAGUCCUGUGACUAUUACUAUGUCUGCACCUCCACUGGACCAGUGAAGACCAGUUGCCCGACGGGCUACUCCUACAACUAUGCAGCACAAACUUGCGCUCCCUCGGCUCAGGUUGAUUGCUUUUAUGGCAAGGAGAAUCCCUGUGCGGAAACUACCGGCGAUAAAUGGGUACCAGUUGCUGGCACCUGCAAUCAAUGGAUCUACUGCAAGAACGGCGUUAACAGCGGCCAAGGCUCCUGUGGCACCUUGACCUUCGACCCGACCAGCCAGAGUUGCACCUAUGGGGCCUGCAAUAUCUCGCCCGAAGCUGACAUUAAUUACUGCGCCGUGGUGCCACCAAAUACCUAUUUCGGCACCACAUCUGAUUGCAGGACAUUUAACUACUGCUAUUCAAGUACUAAACUUACUACAAACAAGUGCGAAUUUGCAUACCUUGUACAACAGACCGCCUGUGGCUACGACACUGGCAACAAUUGCGACAGAGUGGUGCCCGACACAGUUCCCAAUAGUUGUACCCAAGCCGGUGAUAUAAUAGCUGAUAAUACAGUGUGUGGCAACUAUUACUAUUGCAAUGGCCAAAACUAUGUGUCGAUGAGCUGUUCCACUGGCCAGUAUUUUGAUACUCUCACAAAGAAGUGUGUCGCACGCCAACAGGCACUCCCAGCUGCCGACUGCAAUCGCUGUCAGUAUGCCAGCCAUCCGUUCGUGAAUAACGUGAAUACCGAAAGCUGCAACACCUACUACUACUGCUCGAAUGGGUCCAACGGUACAGUCACGACCUGCCCCAGCGGCUACUACUUCAACGAGGAUGAACAGAGCUGUGCCAGCACGGAUGGCGUUGCGGCGUAUGGUAAACAAAAUGGUGCUUGUCAUGGAGUUCAAACACCAGCCACAACAACAGCUGCGCCCACUAGCGGAUCUUCCGAUUCUGGUGAAUCUUCCGAUUCUAGCGAAUCUUCCGAUUCUACCGAAUCUUCCGAUUCUACCGAAUCUUCCGAUUCUACCGAAUCUUCCGAUUCUACCGAAUCUUCCGAUUCUACCGAAUCUUCCGAUUCUACCGAAUCUAACAAUUCUACCGAUUCUGACGACUCUACAGAAACAGACGACUCUACAGAAACAGAAUCAACCACAGAGAAGGUAGAAUAAAUCAACACCAACCUGCGACCUAUGAAUCACUAUCAAAACUUAAACAAUAACUGAAAAAAGAAAAAA